AUGCAGGGUUUGUGGUCCCGAGCUGCUCCGUCGCAGUCGACCUGUCGCUGCGUCUCGUGUUUGAGCACAACUGCCACUGGUGUUACCUCCCGAUCAACCGCCGCUGCUAGCAAAAGACGCCUUCGCAUAGGCAAUUCGGUCACCGCGCUAUACACGAGCAUCUUCGCUGCUGCCGCCCUGGCUGAUGCCAAGGCCAAAACUCAACGUCGAAAUGACUGGGAAGAGAAGAUUGCGGCCGUGAAGGCCGAGGUGAACGAAUUGGUCGAUGAAGAACAACGACUAUUAAAAUCACUACAAUCACGAAGAAAGCCCAGGGGACUCAAUCGACUCCUGCACAACGGUGUUCCCGGGAUGACGGCGAACUUUCCUCCCGCGACCCAGCGACGAACCAUUUCGAGCCAGCCAACAAGGUCCUUCCACACCGAUCGUCGGCUAAUCAAUGUCGCAAGUGCGGAGAUAGCGGAGAGUUACGAAGUUGAGGAGGAAAUGGCAUAUGAGGAAGAGGAGUUCGACGAUAUAGAGGAUAUGGAAGCGAGGCAUGUAUUCUUGCCGGGUUGGGUUCUCCAGGAUCCAAUGCGAAUCAAAGCUAUCCAAAAAUUGGCAUUGAAACAAUUCGCGAUUCGACUGCUACUCCGACCUACCAUUGCCCACCGCUACUCGGGUCUUCCGGUGAACUACACCCGCGAUUUCGAUGUUCCUCAAAUCAAUGUGCCUAGCCUUCUUGAAGAGCUCAACAAACUUCGGCGCCGAAUCACUGAACUCCGGACUUGUGAAGACUCAUAUUAUGGUGAUUUGGUACAUGAACUCACCACACUAAGUCCACAAAGGGUGCAAAAAGAAUGCCAAACCCUUGAUGCCGAGCUCCAGCAAGAUCUCCGACUGUUUAUGAGCCGGGAGAUGUCUGUAGAUGAAGCUCUCUUGCGAACUUCCGGCAAUCUUCUCAAAUCUGUGGACCCGGAUAGACCGAAUGCAUUCAGAAACAUAAUCAUUGCCUUCAGCCAAGCUCGCCAAAACGACCUAAACGAAAUGCUGCUGCGAACAGUGCUACCGCAUCGAUUCUACCUGAGCACAUCUCUCAUAACCACGAUUAUGGUCUUCUUCCGCAAGUCGAAGAACCUCAAAGACUUUGAUCUUUUCCUUCGCAUGCUUACUGGAGAAGGUUGGUCGGCGAAUCUGGGGGCCCUGGCGCCAUAUACCCACCGAAAAGUCAAUGGUUUGGAUGUGGUGGUCCCGCCUAUGGAUAGCAAUAGCGUUCUCAUAUACUCAGAGUUGAUAACUUGCGCAUUGCGUUUUAAUCAACCCGAUCGAGCAGAUGCUUGGCUCCAGGCGGCGCGGCGUGUUGGCUUUUUCGACAAUUUCAACACACUGUUUUGUUAUAUCAAAUUCUACAGCAUCAGACAAGACUGGGAGAAAGGAUCUGCGGCACUCAAACGGGCUGUCACCUACUUGGUAUCAUCAACAGGCCUCGAGCGAGCUUUUGUUGAGCGUCUUGUUGUGCUCAUGGCCCAUCUUUGCGAUUCCUGCGGCCGAAAAGACGUUUCACAGGCUUUGAUAUCUGCCGCUAUGGAUAGCGGCUUUGAUCCUUGCAUACCAUCAACACAGGAAGAUGUUAAACCUAUCAUCGACCCCAACUUCAUGCGUUGGACAAAAGCUGCUCAAUCAGCGCCCAAGGAGAACGCCGGUCGUCCUUUGUGGCAGAAAUGUUCUGAAUUUGCAUACAGUUUCGGUAACUACCUCAAUAGUCUGGAAAUCUCGCAUGAUGAAACAAGGACUCAACAGCUAGCCAGCCACGCUGCCUGCCAUGCGCAGAAUGCCAUGAGGGCUGGACUUGCUGGAGAUCCAUCAGCCCCAAAAGAUUCAAAGAUCAAGAACGACUCUUUGCCAUCAAGCUCAUCCUCUGAAGUUGCUGCAUUGAAAAACGAAGUAGCUCAACUUCGUGAGCUGGUCUUUGAGCUCCGCAAACACCAUAUUCAAGCUUCAUUCAAAGAGGACAAGUCUUACCACGCCUCCGAUCUGACCUAUGAAGAGCAUACCUCACAACCCGAUACCCUUUCACAUAUCCCCACACCGGCCUCCGAAACUGAGGGCUCUUCUACUAGGCCUCGCAGCGUCGAAUUCCACAAAUCUACUUCAAAGUCAGGUCGACCCAAGAAAUCCAGGAAAAGGCCUGUUGAAGACCGGAACUUGUCCAGCUCUUGGCAAUCAGCGAGCCAACUAACAGCCUAG